AUGGAUGUCGGAGCCCUAAAGUCACUAUUCUCUGAGUUAUGUACGUUUGAAGAAAAGAAGAAGGUCUUGGUCGAGGACGCUUUUCGAAUCAUUGAAUCGCAGGAGGAGCGAAUCAAACACCUUGAGUUUGAACUUGAGAGCGAGAAGAGUUCUCGACGCACAUUCCAGGUGGAAAACGUCGAAGCUAAAGCAGAAAAUAGAAAUCCCUUCAUAGUUGUGCUAGUUGAUGGCGAUGGCGCCAAGUUCCUGGACACUUUGCUACAGAGUCCAGAAGGCGCUGUUGAAGCCUCCAAGAGGCUUACAAAGGCAGUAAGAGAUUUUUUGCGGGACAGUCCAUAUAGCAGCGAGGACGUACCCAUCCUUGUUCGAAUAUAUGCAAAUCUGAAUGAUCUGGCGAGGGCAUUGCAUAAGAAUAAAGUAAUAUCGUCCGAAAAGGAUUUGCAUCGAUUUGCAGAACUAUUCACCAACAGUCGUGCUGAGUUUGAAUUUAUCAAUGUUGGUCCGGGCAAAGAGAACGCAGAUUCUAAAAUGAACAGCUACAUACACCAGCUCCGUGAUUUUAUCGGAGAUAGUGAGGGUGAAAAGCGGAUUAUUCUCGUCGAGACGACCCCUGCAGGGGCACAGUUUAAGACCCUAGGAUUUGAAAUCACCUGUUUUAAUGACGUGUUCCGUUGUGAGCAUCUUCCAAGUGAACAGGAACCCAGUCGUCUUGGCUUCCAAAGACCUUCGGUGACUACCGCCGAUGAAACAAACGGCACAUCCUCGUUGUUUCGGGAUUCACGUGCAAAUUCCAAUGGAGAAUUAUCUCAAGCGACAACGCUCAAUAGCCCUGCACUUGCUACGCCCUUGAUCCAGGGAUCAGUGAUAGAUCCUGAUGUUGAUAUCUCGGGAAAUGGUGGAAUUUCUAAGCGAGACCAAAGAAACGAAAAUAAUCGAAUACAAUAG